AAGAUAUUUAAAUGAAAAGAUAUUAUUCCACUGUGACUAAGAAACGUGAUAAAAACAACAUUAAUAAAUAAAAGAAAUCCCGAGGUUGCGUUAGAAAAAAAUUAUAUAUGACGAAGAAUCUCGAAAGAAACUAAGAUCCAUUCCGCUAUCAACUAUCGAGAAUCAAGGAAGAAGAAGAAGAAUAAAAAAACAGCCAUCAACAAAGACUGCCAAUCUUCGAAGAAGAUCUUUUGUGCAAACUUUGAACUUAUCAGACGACACAAUGGCGAUAUUCAACGUUAGAUCUUGCCUGCCUGUUCUUAUUGUCUAUGUCAUCGUCAAUAUAUCGCUUAUUCAAGGUCGGAGCCUAAAACGACGACACGGACAUCAUUCUCAUUUGAAUUAUUACAAUUUCGAGGAAUCGCCACCACGAGAUUUAUCGAGACGUCUCGAUGACGACGAUUUCCAAGGACAGAAGAAGAGUCGCGAAUAUCCUCAAGUUCUGGAUCGUUUCUUGGAGUACGAGGAUUCGGAGGAGCGAGUACCAAUGUCUUUCCGUCGAUACAAGCAUGAUUCGAGAGAUCGCGAGUCUUUACGAAAGGAUUUCCUGCGCAAGCACAACGACUUUGACGCACUCUCGAUGAAAUUCGUUGCUAGGAGAAAACGUCACAACAAAUUUGGGACUGUCGCAAACUAUCACAAAUUUAAUCCGAAAGACGUAACCUGGCGAUUCGAAGAUGAACUUAGGGUGCAAGAAAAAGUUUUCGAACUGGAAGUGAAGCAGGCGCAGAACAGCUCCAUUUGCAACUACACCGUAGAGUCAAUCCCGGACACCCGGGGUACCCGGAUACCGAAGGAUCUGGAGCACGUGAAGUGCAAUCACAUCGGCAGCAGCUGUCAGGGCACCGGCACUUAUUGCUGCAUACAGACUUACAGAAACAUCGAGGUAUCCUACGGCGACGGCGACACGGAGACAAUGAAGCUCUACAUUGGUUGCGUGUGUGCUCUUCAGGUCUUCAGCAGUAUGAUGAGCUCGGAGAUAUCCAUCAAUGAUUGACACCGAGAACUCGCUAGGAUAACUUGGGGGAGACAGGGGAGUAGUGACGAUUCGCUUCGGUGAUGAAUUCGCCUCGGUGGCGACGAUCAUUGGCGGUGAUCUUCGAACCGGCACGAAUCAAGCGAGACGCGUCUUCGAAGGAGACGGCGAUUGAAACUAAGCAAAAAACACGACUAUAUUGUCGCGAAUGACCUUGCAAUUGGCAAUCCGUAGACGAAUGGACAUCUUUCUUUUUUUUCUUUACACAGGAACUUGUUUGAAGAUUGCGUCUAGUGACGCGCGAAUACCGGGAACUUAAUAGAUUUACUUAAACGUUUGACGUUAGAACGAUGACAGGGAGUUACGGAACUGCGGUGGGACGGUAGGAGGAGAAAGUUACAAAAGAGCGGAACCGCAGCGUGCGCUCAAGAUGGUCUCUUCUCAGUUUUUUGCCCCUUCCGUUCUGAGACCAUUCGAUAAUAUACAUGCGUAGCCAACUAAAUCACGCCCUUCCGACAUUAUUGCCCAAAUAGCAUAUGACAUACAUGAACGUUCUAGGAAUAUUCGUACAUUCUUAAAAUGUUCUUUGAAUGUCUUUAGAAGUUGGUUUGGUGUUGUAUGGGUGUAACACCAAAAACAAUGAAAAUAACGGAAACUAGAACUAGAAUGAUAGAGUCGAUAGGCGGCAAAGCAAAUUAACAUACAUUCCCAAAAAUUCACAACUCACUUUUAAAAUAAAUUCAGAGUGUCAUAAG